AUGGCAGCGUCCGCCGACAAGGCCCUGCCGCUGCGGCUGCCCGAGCUGUUCGAGGCCGGCAGGCGGCUGCUGGAGCAGGCGGAGGCCGCGGCCGAGCCCAGCGGUUCCCAGGCGGUCCAGGACGCGGUGGCCGAGGGCUUGGAGCUCCUGGGGAAGGCCGCGGACAUGCUGUCGCUGCUCGACCUGUUCAGCCGAAAUGAGGACUUGGAAGACAUCGCCUCCGCCGACCUCAAGUACCUGCUGCUGCCGGCCCUGCAGGGCGCGCUCACCGUGAAACAGGUGCGCCCCGGCGAGCGUCUGGCCCAUCUGCAGCAGGCCCGGGAACACUUCAUAAACUACCUCACUCAGUGCCGGCACUACCGGCUGGCAGAGUUCCCGCUUCCUGGAACCCUCGCCGGCGCAGCCGAACGCAGUGCUGCUGCUCCCUCCGCAGCCCGGCCUGGCCUCGAGGCCAUGGCGUCUCAACGAGAGGCUAAGAUCGAGAGGUACAGGCAGAGGAAGGAGGCGGAGAGCAGGCUGGCCGCACUGAAACGCGCUGUGGAAAGCGGGCAGGCCGAGGAUGAGCGUGUCCGUGAGUACCACCUCCUCCAGCUCCGGAGGUGGGCGGGUAUCAGCUUGGAUGAGAUUGAGAGCAUUGACCAGGAGAUGGAGAUUCUGCGAGAAAAAGACUCUGCAGGAGAAGCGUCGGCGCCUCCUGCAUCUCCCCAGGAGAAGCCUCCAAUGAAGCCCUUCAUUCUCACUCGCAAUGUGACCCAAGCUAAAGUGUUUGGAGCCGGUUAUCCGAGUCUGGCAACUAUGACCGUGAAUGACUGGUACGAACAGCAUCUGAAAUUUGGAGCGUUGCCAGAUCAAGGAAUAGCCAAGGAGACGCCAGAGCCCUCUGACACAGAGAGCCUAAGUUCAAAAGAGCAGCAAGAUACAGGAAGACAGGAGGAGGAGCAUGGUGAGAACCACAGAGCAAGGGAGUGGGGUGACUGGAAGGGCAUCCACGUUGGGGGCUGUGGCAACUGA